AUGAUUUGUACGGGUUGUACUGCCGGGGUUGCCGGGCGUGGUCCGAACUUGUACUGUUGGCAGUGUUUCCACACGAGAAAGUGUGCAAGAUUGAGAAGAGAAAGGAAGGACGACAACUGUCCUGGGUGUCUUUGGGAAAAGUGCCCGAAUAGGCAGUUUGGUUGGGAGAACCAUCGUAGAGAGAAACAUAAACUCUACCCGAUUAACGAUGAGGAGAACAACGAUGACGAGAACAACGAUGAGGAGAGCAACUAUGAGGGGGACAACGAUGAGGAGGACAGCGAUGAGGAGAGCAACUAUGAGGGGGACAACGAUGAGCAGCACAACGAUGAGGAGAAUAACGAUGACCGGAACGACAACAAACACAACGACAAGGAAGAAGACAACAACGACGAAGACAAUGACAGUGAAGACGACAAAUGGAGGGGUUGGCACAAGGAAUUUUGUUUACAGUCGAAGCAAACAGGGUUGGGCUAUUACUGUCGUGGGUGUCUUUGGACAGGAUGUCCCAACAGAAGUCGUGGGCACUUGUUUUAUAAUAUAUGGGGGAUCUACCCCAACAGCGAUUAUAAGAACAACGAUAACGAGAACGGCGGUAACGAGAACGACGAGAACGACGAAAAAGAGAAUGAAGAUAACGACUAUAACAACGAAUACGAGAACAAGGAAGAAGACGAUGACGACGAUGACUGAGAGGAUAACGAUUGGGGUGGAUAUUAAGCUCACACAGGGUCUGGAUCUGGAUCUGGAUCUGGAUGUGAACAUCUGUGCGGCGGGUAGUCGAUAGGGUGGCGCGAAUUGAGGGAGGCACUUGCCGAAAAGACGGUGCGGACAAAGAGACAUUUAGAAACAGCCCUUUCCCAAGACAAGGCACC